CUUAAGAAGCUCAUUUACCACUCACCGUCAAACAACAUCCUUAACAUGACCGACUCAAGCACCCGUUUGCCUGUUCCUGAGUACUGGGAUGCCUCCAAAAUUCCCUCCCAAAAGGGGAGGAUUGCCAUCGUGACUGGGGCCAACUCUGGCAUCGGAUACGAAACCGCUUUGGAGAUCGCGCGCAAGGGAGCGCAUGUGAUUCUGGCUUGUCGAAACGAGCAACGCGGCCGUGAAGCCGAAUCCAAAAUGCGCGAGACGCUCGCUACCAUUUCGGAAGCUGGCACUGUGGAGUUCAUGGAGUUGGACGUGGGAACCUUGAGCAACGUGGAGAAGUUUUCGGCGGAGUUCAAGGGAAAAUUCAAACGCCUAGACUUGCUCAUUAACAACGCAGGCGUCGCUGGAGGUGACUACACCCUCUCCGCAGACGGAUAUGAAUUGCAGUUUGCCACCAACCACCUGGGUCACUUCGCGUUAACGGCUCGGUUGUUCGGCCUGCUCAAGAGCAGUGCACCAUCACGCAUCGUAAACGUGAGCAGUCAGGCUCAUCGUCAACCAAAGGUCUUUGAUGAAAACGAGAUUAUGCUGACGAGUGCGGAAAAGUACUCGCCGAUGCAGAACUACGGCGUUACCAAACUCUACAACAUCAUGUUUGCGAAGGAGCUCAACCGUCGUAUGAAGGCCAACGGGGUGGAAGGUGUCACUGCGGCUGCUUGUCACCCGGGACUGACGGCAAGUGGCCUUACGUCGAAUUCUGCAUCUGCGAGCAGCAACUGGCUGUGGUGGCUGGUAUUCAAAGUGGUGACGUAUUUCCCAAGCCAGAGUUCUGAAAUGGGAGCCCUACCAACUUUGUAUGCUGCCGUUGGAAAUGAUGUAGAGGGCGGAGACUACUUUGGUCCUAAACAUCUGGGCCUCUACGGAUACCCGACUCGCGAGGUCCCAUCGGAGUUGAGCAAUGCGAAGGAUGCGGCGACGAAGCUGUGGACCUUUAGUGAAAAGCUGGCAAAACUAUCUUUCGAAGUUCGCUGAUUAGGCAAACAUCAUGCUAAAAAUAACUGUUUCCAGUGUGAGUCGCAGACGAUAUACAAGAUCAUGUCGUGUUUUUACUCAGCACUACCAGCC